CCCGAGCAGGCUGCGCCCGCUAUGGCUGCGCUGAGGAGGCUCUUCUGGCCGCCGCCUCGGCUCCCGCCUACUCCCUCUCCGCACCACCCGCUCCCCGGGCCUUGGGGGCGCCCUGUGAGCACAGCCGCCGGCCCUCCCGGCCGGCCCACCUCCGGCCGCGAGGAGGAGGAGGAGGCGGCUGUGGCUGGGGCGGCGCGGAGGCGGCGGCGGCGCUGGGGGGAGCUGAGCAUCGCGGCGGCCGCCGGCGGGAGUCUGGUCGGCCUCGUGUGCUACCAGCUGUACGGGGACCCCAGGCCCGACUCCACGCGGGCGCCCACCCCCGGGCGCCCCUCCGAGAGCGCGGACGCGGAGCUGGAGGACGCGCCCCGCGGACGGGGGCUGCUCCCCAUCCCGGUCGCCGCUGCCAAGGAGACGGUGGGCGUGGGCAGAGCGGACUCGGAAGACCUGGACCUGUGCGCCACGUCUCGGGAGAGGCGGUUCCGUCAGUUUGCCUCCGUGGAGUGCGAGGGCCAGCUGUUCAUGACUCCGCAGGACUUCAUUCUGGCUGUUACAACCGAUGAGCCCAAAUUUGUUAAAACGUGGAAGUCAUUUUCCAAACAGGAAUUAAAUCAAAUGCUCUCAGAAACACCACCCAUUUGGAAAGGAUCAUCAAAGCUAUUUCGAAAUCUUAAAGAAAGAGGUGUGAUUUCUUACACAGAAUAUCUUUUUCUUUUGUGUAUUUUAACAAAGCCGCAUGCAGGUUUUAGAAUAGCUUUCAACAUGUUCGACACCGAUGGCAAUGAGAUGGUAGAUAAAAAGGAGUUUUUGGUGCUUCAAGAGAUAUUCAGGAAAAAAAAUGAAAAGAGAGAAGCUAAAGGAGAUGAAGAAAAGCGUGCAAUGCUGCGUCUUCAACUGUAUGGAUACCAUUCACCUACUAAUAGUGUACUUAAAACAGAUGCUGAGGAACUUGUGUCCAGAAGCUACUGGGACACGCUGAGACGGAACACAAGCCAAGCGCUCUUUCCAGACCUCGCAGAGCGUGCUGAUGACAUUACGAGUUUAGUAACAGAUACUACACUUCUUGUACACUUUUUUGGAAAAAAAGGAAGAGCUGAGCUGAACUUUGAAGAUUUUUAUAGGUUCAUGGAUAACCUUCAAACAGAAGUUCUAGAAAUAGAGUUCCUUUCCUACUCUAAUGGGAUGAAUACUAUCAGUGAAGAAGAUUUUGCUCAUAUUCUUUUACGAUACACAAAUGUGGAAAAUACGUCAGUAUUUUUGGAGAAUGUGCGCUACAGUAUACCUGAAGAAAAGGGCAUCACAUUUGAUGAAUUCAGGUCAUUUUUCCAAUUUCUGAACAACCUAGAAGAUUUUGCCAUAGCCCUGAAUAUGUAUAACUUUGCAAGUCGUUCCAUAGGGCAAGAUGAAUUUAAGCGUGCUGUCUAUGUAGCUACUGGCCUCAAACUUUCACCACACUUAGUGAACACAGUCUUCAAGAUUUUUGACGUUGACAAAGAUGAUCAACUAAGCUAUAAAGAAUUUAUUGGAAUUAUGAAAGACAGACUCCAUAGAGGAUUCCGGGGUUAUAAAACAGUUCAGAAAUAUCCCACUUUCAAGUCCUGUCUGAAGAAGGAACUGCACAGCAGAUAAGUACCUGUAAAGCAAAGUUUAAAGGAUUAUCUACAUGACAAAUGCAAGAAGCCAAAAUUUCAGAGAACAGAAGCAGGUCUGAGGUCAGAACUUGCAAAAAUGCAGGAAAAGGUGAAAUGCUAAUUACAAUCUUUUCUUGAACUGAAUUCUUGAACAUAAGACAGAUAAAAUGCAUCUUCUUACUAACUACAAAGGUUAUGUGUUACCAGGUUAAGCUUUUGCCUCGAUUUACUGAACUCUGCACUUUUUCAUUCCUUUCAGAAGUAUAUAGAUACUUCCAAUGACUAUGUAAGAAUGUAUUUUAAAUAUUUACAUAAUAAAUAUGUAUUAGAAAUUUGUCUAAUUUCAAAAUAACAUAUGACUCCUGGAAUCUAGAUCACUUAAAAAUGAACAAUGACAUAUUUUCUUGGUUUUAGACUGUGAACUUAUUUUAAGAAAAUAAAGGGUCUUAGAAUUGUUGAUAAAUCCCUAUUAUUUAUUUUUAGUUACAUUGAACGUGUUUUGAAAAACUAAUAGAAGAUACUAUACAAUAUGAUGGUUUACACUGUACUUUUAACUUUUAAAAGUACUUAAUAUACAUUGUUUGAAUCACAUAAAGUUUUUUAAAAGUUUUUAUUUAUCAAAGUCAACAGAGAAUGUCUGGUAUUCUUUUAUGUAUACAGUAAAGAAAUUGAAUGUAGAUAUUUUUUGUUCAAAAACCAGUCAUGCACUGAUGGUGGAAUGGCGGUGAUUGUGGCAGGAGCCUCUGUCAUUGUCCCUGUUUAACAUGGCGCCGCUCCUGACGGCAGGUGGCGCGUGUUAGUGACGCUAUGAGAACAGCAUCACACAGGUCCGCAGCUCACUGCGCAUCGUUCGCAGUGUCUGCAGCAUCAGGCUGAGUACCGUGAGAGACUGAUACGAAGUGGUUUAAAGACUUAGGCAAAUAUUAGAUAGAAGCUAACAUUUUGUUUCUUGCAAAAGGACCACCUGCAAAAGUAAUGCCAAAUAGUAAUAAUGAAUAAUUUAAUAUAAUUCAUUACUUCAAAAUAAUAAAAGAGAAAAGAAAAACUUUCUAUUAAAAAGUAAUAAAGUUAGAUUCUCACUUGGAGGAAAAUUUGGUAGUACUUAAUGGAAAUUUGUUCAGUUAAAAAGUUUCAUUUAUAAAGCGAUAUUGUACAAAGGUAGAACAAUGAAUUUAAAUUAAUAUGUGAAUGUAUUAUAUGAAGAUAGGUUCAUUUAUCUUCUUUUCCAAGAUGUAUUUAAUGUACAGUGCAUACACUCCAGCUAUUACCUUGCUUUUGCUUAUCAAAAUAAGAAAUUCUGACUUUGUUUUUAUAAGUUAUUAAAUGUGAAAUUGAUAGCUGUGCAUCAGCCUAUUUAUAAAAGUAAUGUUAUUUCCAAGAAAAAUGUUAUUAGCAUUUACUAUGUAUUUGACUUUUUACAUUCUUUAUCUGAUAUUAUUUAUUACAUUGGUAUAGAAAUAUGAUUCAUAAAUUUGAGGAUUCUGUAUAGUAUAAGUAGUUCAUCUGCUUUCAAGGUUGAUUCAGUCCAUUGAUAUGAAAAUGCCUGUCCGUUCAUCUAACACACCCAGGUCUGUUCACCUUACCGGAAGGUCCUCAACAUUACUUGCUCUCUAAAACAACGGAGAAAAUGUAAUCUGCUUUCAUCUUUGAUUGUAAACUAUCUUGCAUACAUGGAAAAGUUGUCAUUUAGAACAGUCCUAUAAAUGUACAUUAAAAACUAAGCUCAUUAAAAUUAUAUAUAAUUCUGCUAUUCUCUCAAGAAAUACUAUGUAUGCAAUCUUUAUUCUUUAUUAUGUAUCAGAGUGAAUGUCCAUUCAUCUCUCUAUAAGACUACAGCAUAAUAUGAAAACAGGAAAAAGUGAAAUAUUCUAGUCAAUUGAAGUGAAAAAGAGUAGUAAAUUACCAUGAUUCCCUACAUAUUAUCACUUACAAACUUUACCCUCUCGUUAAAAUGAGAGAUUAAAAAAACUCAUUGUAUUGUUGUUUACAUCAAUUGAAAAAAUUUUAAAUGCUUUGAAAAUAGUAAUGUACUAAACACAUGUAUGCUGUUAUUUAUAGUAUUUCCUUCUACAAAUUGUUCUUUGGACAGAUGACACUAUACAUAAAAUUUUAGUAUCAUACUCUUUACAGAGAGCCUACAUGAUGAAAGGUUUGUGGUACUUCUCAGAAUCAUUUAAUAGUAAGAAAUUCAUUUAACAUGAGUUCCAGUUUAUUGUUUUUAUUAUAAAAUAUAAUUGUAACACAACCUUACAUUCUUACAUUAUCUUAAAAUAAAUAUAACUGCUCUUGAAUCAA